AUGUGGUCACUCCAAAAUCUUCAAAGUCCUGGGAUGUUCCGACCUCAGAUACAGGCAUGCAUGCCUGGAUUUUUUCAAUUCAGCCUUGAUUUCAUCCCAGUCCUAGAUCAUGUUCGUCUCCUCAUCAGCCUGUGUCAUGUCACUCCUCUCCGAAGGGUACCGCAAAAACAGGGCUUUUUUCUGUCGUCUCAAAUUUUUUGGGAAGGCAACAAGGUUACAAACAUUUUCAACAAACAUGCACCAGUAAUUGAUAAACGUGUAAAGGGUCGUUUAUGCCCUUGGAUGACAACUGAUAUCCGUGUAUUAAUGACUGACAGGGACAAAGCACUACGUUACGCUCGGAAAACCAAUAAAGCCUGUGACUGGACCGCGUAUAAAAAACUGCGAAACAAGUGCACAUAUGCUGUGAACAUGGCUAAGUUUAAUUCCAACAAAAAGCUUUUAGAAGAAAAUUCAGAUAAACCGAGGAAGUUUUGGCAGACAAUAAAAAACAUCAUGCCUUGCAAAUCCAAAGGAACGUCCUGUAGAUCACAUUUUCUUGAAGACGGUUGUGUUAAAGCUGACACUCCUGUUCAAAAAUCUAACUUACUAAGCAAUUUCUUUUCAAAUGUUGCAAUGUCUUUAAGAAAGAAAUCCAUUUUCAUGAAAGAUUUCAUUUGGCGCCAACCAAACAAAGUCGAACCAAUAAGGACACAAAGGUUUGAUUUUAAAUAUGUUUCCAAGUCUUUCGUAGAAAAGGAAUUGAAGAACUUAAAACGCCACAAGGCAACUGGUAUUGAUAACCUGCCACCAGCUGUGAUGAAAGAUAGUGCUAAUGAAAUAUCACAACCGCUAUGUUUCAUAAUCAACUUGUCACUGAGUACAGCAGAUGUACCUACAGAAUGGAAACACCCUACUGUUACACCAAUACACAAGUCGGGACCAUCUACCAAAGUUGACAACUAUCGUCCAAUUUCGAUUCUACCAAUUGCCUCAAGAAUCCUUGAACGAGCUGUACAUACACAAUUGAUGAAAUACCUGGAGAAAAAUAAUUUGCUUUCUGAGCAACAGUUCGGAUAUCGACGUAAGAGAUCAACUGAUAUUGCAGCUACAGUAUUCCUCGACAGCAUUCGUACUGAAAUUGAUCGUGGGAAUUUAGUUGGAGCAACCUUUAUAGAUUUGUCUAAAGCCUUCGACACAGUGGGCCACAGUAUUCUGCUAUCAAAGCUACCAUCUUUUGGCAUUCACGACAAUGAGUUAAAAUGGUUCACCGACUACCUUUUUAAUCGGAAACAACAAGUCGUUUAUGAAAAUUCGAAAUCCAACGUUUCAAAUAUGACAUGCGGUGUUCCACAAGGCUCCAUUUUAGGACCCUUGUUGUUUUUGAUUUACUUCAACGAUUUUAAAUCAGCCCUACGUAAGAGUAAAACAGUGAAAUUUGCUGAUGACACCGUGUUGUAUGUUGCACACAAGUCCGUACAAGAUAUUGAAAAUGCUUUGAAUGAUGAACUUAAAAAUAUAUCGACAUAUCUCGCAAAUAACGAUCUAGUUAUAAAUUUGAAGAAGGGUAAAACAGAGGUGAUGUUAUUCGGUAGUGGGAAAAAAUUGUCAUCUAUACCACACAAACCGAAUAUUAAAUUUGGUACAGUUGAUAUUAACGUAACGAAGCGCUACAAGUAUCUUGGUUCUACAAUUGAUCCAACUCUAACUCUAUCAGAUAACUUCAACAAAGCAUAUAAAAAAGCUUCUUCUCGUUUACGUCUGUUACAAAAUCUGAGAAAGAACAUGGACAAUAAUACUGCCACAACAAUUUACAACACUAUGAUUAUACCACUGGUAGUUUUCAACAGUAUCAUAAAUUUGAACUUCUCAAAAACCGAAAUAAAUAAAUUGAAUUCUCUGGACAGCCGUGCAAAACAGAUAACCAAAAACGCAAACAUCAAAUCAACUUACACUGUUAUUUUGCGACAUGCUUGUAAAACGGUUAAGAAAUGCUUUGCUGGUGAAACAUGUAGUAACAUGAAAGAAUACUUUGAAGUAAAUUCUCACUCCAAAUGCACGAGAAACCAAAACUGUUUGCUGAAGAUUUCAAAAAUCAAAUUGGAAGUAACACGAGGCAGUUUUCGUUAUAUGGGAGCGAAAAUAUAUAACAGUUUGCCACUAGAUAUACGAAAAGCGACAACUGUGAAUGACUUUAAUCAAAAGAUCAAAGAUUUCGGCAUGGAAGACGCUUCAACCCCCGCACUCUUUGCAUUAGGCCCUCAGCCUUUGGUGGUCGCAGACACUUCCGCCCCUACACUCUUUUUCAUGGUGACAUAUUUCACUUCCCCCACAGUGUUUACAGGUGGACCUCCGUGUUUCAUGGUGACACCUUGUACGCUGGUAUAUUUUUCCUUGUUUGUGACCAGUUGGAUGUUGUGGCAUCCGUUUUCAGCCUCGUGUUGUGAUCAAUGUACCCCUUCAACUACGCUCUCUGAUUAA